AUAGAAAUAAACUCCUCGAGCCUUUGCAAUGCCCACUUAAAGGCUGCUCAAUUGUCAAGGAAGUCAUUCGUACUCCCUUGGCCGACAUUUGCACACUCGUCAGCUCAGAUUCCAGUCCUUCGCGGUGACCCUUCAGGGCAAAACAAGACCUUUGCCCUCGCCAAUCGCACGGCCCCGAAAAGAGGGUUUGUUUAUUCCUCAUCUGCAGGUUUUUCGACAGUUUGGAUACUCCUAGGUGUGCGGUAUGUUUCGCGGGAAUAGUGUCUCUGAAAAGGUCCUGUGCGAUUUUUUCAAAUUUCUGUGUUUAAGUUUUUACAUUUACCUCCUUUAAAGAGGAAUUUAGAGUCAGAGAACUCCCUGAAAUACCCAUUGCUGUGAAAUUCAGCCACGCGUAAACCCGACGUAUCUACUCUCAGCCGCGAUUCGUUUCUAAAUUUUGCGAGACACCUUGAUUUCGAAUUUAAUUUUUCGCGAUUUUCAACCCUUCCGAGUUCCAAUCGUUUUGUUGCUUUUUUUUCGCUGAAAAAUCACAAUGGUUCGAUUUCGUGUGCGGCGCUUCUUGACCUUCUAAAGUUCACUCGAAAAGGUGUUCGCGAGUGCUGGACUACCUUUGACGAGCCAACAGCAGUUAAAAGUAGUUUGAUCCAUGUCCGAAAUUCUCACGAUCAGGAGACCGAACUUGAGUAUCCGAUACCAUUUGUGCAUCGAUGAUCAAAUCAAAGAAUUCAACAAUGAAUAUCUUCGAAUUCUUUUAAAGCAUCGACCCUGACGCCAGGACUUGGACUAGAGUCAUGAGCUCACCUGAAAAACCAGUGAAAAUCCAACCCAUCUACCAAGGGUGCGAGACGAAUAAAUUUCGGUACAAAAAUGCCAGCAGAUCCACAUUAUCACAGGUGGUGGCCACCCUCAUCCAGAACUGGUUGCUCAUCGAUCUUGGCAUGCAGUUGGUGAUGCCAACCAUAGUUUUGGGCGCUAUUCAUAAUAAUCCUGCCGAAGAUCUGAGUAUGAACGAUGAGCAGGCAUCGUGGUUUGGAAGCAUCCUGUUCUUCGCGCACCCAAUCGGGAGCAUGGUCUCGGGGUUCCUGCAGGAACAGUUCGGGCGGAAGGGGUCCUUGAUCCUGGUGAACAUUCCCAUCUUCGCGGCCUGGAGCACGCUCUACCUGGCCGGCUCCAUCUACAUGCUCUACUUCGUGUCCCUGGCGAUGGGCCUCAGCGUGGGCUUCUGCGAGGCGCCUCUUCACUCCUACAUCGGCGAGGUCGGCGAGCCCCAUCUCCGCGGGACCCUCUCCACGGUCACGUCAGCGGCCUGUAUCCUGGGAAUGCUCAUCAUGUACAUCAUCGGGUACUUAGUCCACUGGAGGACAGCUGCUCUCAUCAGCAGUGCUGUCCCUGUCAUAACCAUUAUUUUCAUGACCCAGAUUCCAGAAUCACCAACGUGGCUUAUCAUGAAAGAUCGUUUGAAAGAUGCCCAGAAAUCUUUGAGUUGGUUGCGAGGCUGGGUUGAACCGGAGGAAGUGCAGGAGGAAUUUCAGGAGCUCCUGAGCUACACCAAGAUAUCGCCCCCACCCUAUCAAGCCAACGACAUUGAAAUAGAAAAAUACGAGCUUGUCCGCACCGACGAGAAUGGGAGAGAGGUGGCAAAAGAGAAGGAGAGCUAUUUGCAGGCGAAAUUUAGAGAAUUGACGGACAAGAAGCUUUUGCGGCCCUUGCGAAUGGUGUUUAUUGUUUUCGUAUUCUGUUACGCAUCGAGUCUUAUAGCAAUGCGCCCGUACAUGGUCGGUGUCUUCAAUGAAUUUGGAUUUCCAAUGGAUAGCAAACUAAUAUUGAUCUUGACGAGUGCUUUCUUCUUCGUCGGCUCGAUCUUGAACGUGGUGCUCCUUCGACGGCUUGGCAAGCGGAGGCUCACUCUCUUGUGCCAAGGCAUGGCCUCAGUGUCCAUCGUCCUCCUCGGCGUCUACUGCUCCUUCUUCGACCGGACCAAUCGGAUCCCAAGUCUGGUCUGGGUCCCCAUUUCCCUCUUGGUCAGCAUCAGUUUUUUCAGCGGUCUCAGCGUAGCGCUCCUUCCCUGGCAACUCCUCAGCGAGGUUUUCCCUCUCAAGGGUCGAGGGGCUGCGGGAGGCAUUUCUGCGGCUUGGGCGUAUUACGUCGGGGCCGUUAUGUCAAAAACGUACUUGUACUUAGAGCGGUGGAUCAAACUAAACGGAGUCUUAUUUUUUUACGGAGCGAUUUCUCUCAUUGGAUUCUGGUACUUCCUGCGCUAUCUACCGGAGACUGAGGGCAAAUCCCUUGAAAAAAUUGAGUCCUACUUCACCAAGAACCACGACAAGAAAGAAAAAUUCUCCAAACCGAAGCGAAGUAAAAAACCAGUGUCACCGCUGUGAGAUUUGAAUCCUAUUUAGGUGGUUUGGAAUCAGCCAGAAGGGAUCCCAAAAAGAGCGUUUCAGAGAAGCAGUUUUUGUAGGGUCUACACUGACUUCAUUCAGAAGUAUUUCAACGAAUGGAAUAAUAUAUUUAAUCAUAUGGAUUCUAUGGCUAAACUUUGGGAACACAUUCCUUUAUCCGUGAGGGUGCACUUCUCGUAACUCUUAAUGGCGUGGCGUGCUUUGCGAUACAUCGACUCAUCCGUCAUUUAAACCUAUGGUAAAGGAUCCAAAAUCAGGGUGUUUGCAACGAGCACCUUAAUAAUCGAUUCUUUACCAUGGCCUCAAAUGAGGAAAUAUUGAUAAUCGAUCAUUCACGAUUCGUCAUUGGUGACUUUUAGUUGAUUAAACGUCAAAUUACGUAAAUCUACACGUUUUUGGAAGACUCGUGAUUUCAUUGCCUCUAUGAGGAAAAUAUCCAGGAAAUUUCAAGUACUUUGCUGUUUCAUUAUUUUCCAUUUUUCAAAGUAAAGAAAUAAAUGGAAUAAUGCAAUGGAGGCACGUGUUCACAGAAUUUAAUCAUAGGCCCUGGUGCAAUUCCAUCGGAACUCAUUUUUUAGAAGGUGGAUUUAUAUUUUUUGUAUAUAUUUAUUAAUCAGAGAUAAUUUUAGUAAUAAAUUGUUUUUGUAAAUAUCAA